UGUUGGAAAAAUUGGAGUAUGAAUGACAGUUCAGCGGGUAUGGAAACUUCAAUAGUAGUGGAAGGAUUUCGAAAAAGUGAAGAAAUGUAUGGAUUGAGAUACCAUAAACUUAUAGCAGACGGCGACAGUAGUGUGUACAAAAAAAUACUUGAUGCAAGACCGUACAAAAAUAUAACUGUCGAAAAGGUAGAAUGUCGUAAUCACCUCCUUCGAAAUGUAUGUAACAAACUAAGAGAGCUAACCACUAAAAAACAAUCAGGACAAUUAGUACAUAGAAAACUAUUAAGUUCGCGAAUUUUAAGAAUACGAAAAGGAAUCAUAAAAGCCAUCCAAUAUCGUAAAUCGAAUUGCCAUUCCAUAAAUGAUUUACGAAACGAUAUUUAUAAUUCAAUAAAUCAUGUUUUUGGUAAUCAUUCAAACUGUGCUUCGUAUUUUUGUGACAAACCAAAAGAAGAUAUAAAUUUAUUAGAAAAAAUACAGCAUACUGACAACGACUUUUAUGUAAAUAUGAAUAGUAUUAUACGGCAGUUAGGUAGACAUAGUAAAAGCUUAAUGCAAGAUGUAGAUAGUAAUAUUGUUGAAUCGUAUAAUUCGAUUAUUGCCAAAGUCAUUGGAGGUAAACGUGUAAAUUAUGCAUUGAAAAGGUCGUAUGUUGGCAGAUGUUAUGCAGCAACCGUUGCGAAAAAUUCUAGAAGGCCGAUAUAUUCAAUGUACAAAGUAAUUAAUAAAAUAAGUCCAAACCCAAAAAUGCAUUCAAUAUUAUAUGAACAACGUAAAUUACAAAAACAAGAACGUCAGAAUGAGCACCGUCGACAAAACAAACGGUUUAAAAAAAAAUUAUUUGAUGAUCAAAAAAUAAACUCUUCAUAUGGUGAGGGUGCCGAAAAACCAGAUAUGGAUGAAAAUGAAUAUUCUGAAGAAAAGAAACAAUUUUUAAAAUUAUUAAAAGAAUUGGCAGAAAAGCGUGAGUACAUUGAAAAAGAGACACGAAAUCAAUUCAAUUCAAACCUUUGGAUAGAAACUCGACGAAAAUUAAUAACAGCUUCGAACUUUGGACAAAUAAUUGGACUUCGUCCUCAUACAGGUUGUGGAAACACUAUAAAAUCUCUCAUAUAUUCAAAUACUAACACUCCAGCAAUGGAAUAUGGCCGACAACAUGAGUCAAUCGCCAAAUGUCAAGUUGAAAAAGAAUUAAAAAUUAAAAUUACAGAAUGUGGCUUAUUUAUUCAUCCAGAAUAUUUUUAUUUAGGUGCAACGCCCGAUGGUUUGAUUGGAAAUGAUGGAAUUUUGGAAAUCAAAUGCCCAUCAUCUUCAGAAAAUAUGACACCAGAUGAAGGCAUUAAAAAUGGUAAAAUUACAUUUUGGAAAAAAGAUAAAGAAGGCGUGGCUACAGAAAUAAAUAAAAUCCACAAAUAUUAUGCACAAGUACAAGGUCAAUUAUAUAUAACCCAAAGAGAAUAUUGUAUUAUUGCAUUCUGGACAAAAAAAGGAUUGAAGACAGAAAAAAUUUUCAAAGAUGAAAUAUUUUGGAACGAAAAAAUGUUAUCAAAAUUAAGUCAGUUUUAUUAUAAUUGUUUACUGCCAGAGCUCAUUGAUCCAAGAUAUCCUAGAAAUAUGCUGAUUAGAAAUCCUGAUUAUAUAAUUGAAGCACAAAAAGAGUUGAUAGAAAAAAAAAACUUAAAUUGUUUAAUAAAUAAUGUUAUGUGAUAUUUUAUGUUUUUUUUUUUAUUACAAAGUGUUCCUGACAUACAUGAUCAUCAAACUCAUUGAGAAUAUAAUAACAGUUUUGACAUUUUUACAAUUGUUAACGCAUAAAAUUAUUUACAAACAAUUACAGCAAAUUACAAGGAUUUACAUUGAUAAAAAUAAUGGUGCAAAUAGAGUAGAAUAAUAAAAUUAAUUAUACAGGUAGGUGUUGUGUAUAUAUAUAUAUAU